GAGUGCGCUUUCGAUGCACCUUCUGCAGUGGUUCCUGUUACCCCAGAAAGUGGCGGGUGGGAGACCACGUCCGCAGCCAGCAUCUUCUGACUAGACUCCAAGCUCCAUGAAGACAGAGGCUCGCUCUUUUCCGCCUCGCACCACUCACUACACCCCGUGUGGCAUUUUGAACCUAACAGGCACCUUACUAAAAAUCCGCUGAUUUGAUGGUUCCAGUAAGGAGCGCCACUUGGAUCACGUUAUUGGCAGUGCGUCUGAGGGAACAGAUGUUCCUAUUCAAAUCCAUGAAACUGGAAACAUUAAAAAACAACAAUCAUGACAUUGAUUGAUAGUGAUAUUUACCGUGUCAGACUGUGUAAGCUCAGCUAUAAAAUAGACUCGCAUACUGUCGUUCUUUACAUUUUCAUUUCAAAGAUUCUCAAACGUUGAAAUAACGCCGCUUGACUCAGAUCCUAAUUCCUGCUUGAUGCCCUGUAUAAUAUUUCCUUAGCGAAUUACGGCCCUCUUCUGCUGUGUGUCACACACUCAAAACCUCUCCUCCCUGAGAAAACGGCACCUCCGGGUGCUUCGAAGAUAUUUUCAGUCCAUCAUAAGAAAACAUGUAUCCGCUGGCAGGGAGCGUGCUGCUAAGACCACGGGAGGUCAACGCAAGGCUCGACGCUCUGUCUUUGCCAGUUUCCUAAAUACCUUGGUGACGGGUGGGGGGCCGUCGUCUGAACUGGUUUCUAAAAGGUCGUCCUAGAUCCCGAAGUGUCCUCUUGGGAGCAAACGCGUCUUCCUGAAAGGCUGUCUUUCUUCCUCCAACUCAGGUCCUCAACAAGCAGAGCUCCUCUCCAUGAGUACCUCGGGUUUCUUUCGUUGGCCCGCACCGCUGGCCAGAAUGUGCACGGCGCCGUGGGGACUCGGGCUUCGGGGGAAGCCAGCGCCGUUAGCCCCGGGAGCGGCAGUCACCGCGGUCCAGAUGGCAGGCAGGAGGGACCGCCCCGCUCUGCUGCCUCCCCUGGAUGAGCGUGACCUUGAAGAGCAGUUCGUGAAAGGGCACGGUCCGGGGGGCCAGGCAACCAACAAAACCAGCAACUGUGUGGUGCUGAAGCACCUCCCCUCGGGCAUCGUCGUCAAGUGCCAUCAGACAAGAUCAGUCGAUCAGAACAGAAAGCUAGCCCGGAUAAUCCUACAAGAGAAAGUGGAUAUUUUCUACAACGGCGAAAACAGUCUUGUCUACAAAGAAAAACGGGAGGCAGAGAAGAAAAAGCAAGAGAGGAAAAAAAGAGCAAAGGAAACUCUAGAAAAAAAGAAACUCCUGAAAGAACUGUGGGAAUCAAGUAAAAACGUCCACUGAAAAAGAAUUAGAAAUGCUUUUUUGUUUGUUUGUUUUGUUUUCAAGUAAUCUCUACACCCAACGUGGGGCUUGAACUCGACCCUGAGAUCAAGAGUCGCACGCUCCACUGACUGAGCCGGCCAGGCACCCCUGAAAGAACAGCAGAUUCUGACUAAAGAACCUGCCAGAUGCUUCCAGGGAGUAAUGGUGGGGAGUUCUAUUCCACCUCUAGCAUUACUAUAGUGUUUCUGUAUUUUUAACCGACUUCAAAUUUUAAAUCAAAAAUUUUUUAAUGGCGGACUAAACUGGUGGAUAGAGAUACACUUUUUUUUUAAGUUUUAUUAUUUUGAGAGAGAGAGCAGGGGAGG